AUGAAGUUCUGGGGGAUUUGGAGCCUCUUGGCAGCUGUCGGCAUCGUCGUCGCGGCCCCUCCUACCAAUGAUUUCCUCGGUAUUCACACCCUUGGUCUUGAUAAUCGUACCGCUGGUGCUGCCAUCCAUCCCCCUCCGGAGAACCACGGUGGGUGUGGUUUUCAGCCACAGCCCGAGCCGCGAUUUUACAACUCUGUCACAAAAGGUUUCUAUGUCAACGGCACCACUCUCCCCGAGAUCGACUUUGAUGUGGGUGACUCGUAUGCUGGAAAUCUUCCUAUCAGCAACAAGCGCAACGAAAGCGAUGAGCUCUUCUUUUGGUUCUUUCCGACGGUCAAUCAGGAGUAUCAGGACGACAAGGAAAUUGUCAUCUGGCUCAGUGGCGGGCCCGGAUGCUCGUCAAUGAUGGCUCUUUUUCUAGAGAACGGUCCCAUCUCAUGGCAACCUGGGACAUUGGAGCCCAUCUCCAAUCCUUUCAGCUGGCACCUCCUCACCAAUGUCGUCUGGAUCGAUCAGCCUGUUGGCACGGGGUUUUCCAAAGGUAAUCCCAGCAUCACAGAUGAAGACGGACUAGCCGAACAAUUCAAGGGUUUCUGGCGCAAUUUUGUUGACACCUUUGGUUUGCAUGGCUGGAAAGUCUACAUCGCGGGUGAAUCCUGGGCCGGCAUGUACGGUCCAUACAUCUCCAGCCAUUUCAUCGACGCCAAGGACACGGAUUACUUCGACGUACAGGGGUUGAUCAUCUAUGAUGGAAAUUUGUUUGGCCAGACUGUGCAUAGCACCAUCCCCAUCCUGCCGUUCGUCACCCGUUACCAGGAUAUACUUCCAUUCAAUGACACCAUGUUAUCAAGCUUCCGCCAUGUUCAUGAAGAUUGCGGUUUCACCGACUAUUUUGAAAAAUAUCUCGUGUUUCCUCCUGUGGGCAUACAACCUGACCUCACUCCGGUCCAAAAUAAUGAUACCUGCUACAAAUUCUGGGAUAAUCUCGUGGAUGCAGCCAGCGCAGAAAGCCCUUGUUUCAGCCCAUAUAACAUCAUCGAUCGCUGUCCCUAUCCUUAUGAUGCAAUUGUCAACCCUGCCAAUCCCACCAACGGCAGUAACUCCUAUUUCAACCGCGCUGAAGUCAAAAGGGCAAUUCAUGCCCCUGAUGGGUUUGAUUGGACGCCGUGUUUCCUUGGGGUCUUCCCUAGUGGAAUAGACAAUUCCUCGUUUUCGGGGUUUAAGCAGCUCCCACACGUCAUUGACACAACUAGGAACGUCAUCCUUGCCCAAGGUGGUGUCGACGCGAUGUUUCCCAUAAACGGAGCGGUGCUGGGAAUUCAAAACAUGACAUGGGGUGGCGAGUUGGGUUUCCAAUACCAACCGCAAGAUCCAUUCUACGUCCCGAAUUAUGGGCUCAACAGCACUGGUACUGGCUUUACUGGGUACGGCUCCAAUUCCCCAGCCUCAUUUGGCGUUCUGGGUACGACUCACCACGAACGUGGUCUUACGCUCGUAGCGACAAAACUGGCUGGCCAUCAAGGGCCCGGCUAUGCACCCGCGGCGUCAUUCCGUCACCUGGAGAAGUUGUUAGGAAGAGUAAAGAGCCUGAGCGGCACUGAGCCGUUUACUCUCCCAAAACUACGAAACAUCUCUCAGCCAGCCGCGACUACCCUAGGCAAGGGUACCAUGCCGAUUCCCUAG